GUGGUCUGGAGCGACUGCGGGAGUGGCAGGAUGAGUGCCGUGGGGGUCUGUGUGGACCGGGCCCAGGGGCCCUCCUGGAGCGAGCCUUCACCACCAUCCGGGCCCUCCUGCUCUUCUCCCCUCUGCCAGUUCUGCAGGAGCGGGUUCUGGAGUUUUACAGCCGGACCUUCUUGGUCUACAUGAACCAGGAGAGGGGCGGUGAGGACGGUGCAGAGGUUCUGGACGGACCGGACAGAGGGGCCUGUCUAGGAUGUGGGGUCCUGGUACCGCAGUGUUGGUGUCAGCAGGCCCUGGACCAGCUGAAGGAGCUCAGCACGAUUCUGACUCGGGACGACACGGUGCGGCAGAUCGUGGCCGGACUCACCGGGGACGCUGAGAGCUGUGCGGACCUGGCCUCAGAACUGUCCCGAGGUGACCCGGUCUCCUUGGAGCUGCAGGACAGUGAUGAUGACAGCACCGACCCUGAGGACUGGAGUCCAGAUCCCACAGAUGCUGUAACUGAUAAAACGGGCUCAAAGAGACGCUCCUCUGACAUCAUCAGCCUGCUGGUCAGCAUCUACGGCAGCAAAGACAUCUUCAUCGAUGAGUACAGAGCUGUGCUGGCUGACAGACUGCUGCACCAACUCAACUACAACACUGCCAGCUUCGUGGACUCUUGAGGACCUCAGUGUGGAGCUGGGGGCCCCGAAGGACCUGGUCCACAGGAAGCUGGCUCUGUGGCAGCAGCAGGGGGUCCUGAAGGAGGAGUCCAGUGGACGGUACCGGGUUCUGGAGACUGGCUCGUCCCGGGAGAAGCUGGACCGAGGGGUGAUGCUGAUGGACAGUGACGAGGAGACAGAGUCCAACACCACCACCCAGUCCCAGCAGAGGGAGGAGAAACUGCAGCUGUUCUGGGCCUACAUCCAGGCCAUGCUGACCAACCUGGACAGCAUGACCCUGGACCGGAUCCACACCAUGCUCAGGAUGUUUGUGGCCACCGGUCCUGUCGUCACGGAGAUGGACAUCAACGAGCUGGAGGCCUUCCUGCAGAAGAAGGUCCGGGAGCAUCAGCUGAUCAUGUCCUCGGGGGUCUACAGACUCCCAAAGUCCACCUGAUCUGGACUCUGUGGUGGUUUCAGUGCCAGGCCCUGGUCCUGCAGCAGGUCCUGGUCCUGCAGCAGGUCCUGGUCCUGCAGCAGGUCCUAGUCCUGCAGCAGGUCCUGGUCCUGGUCCUGCAGGACUACAGGGACUAAAGUUCUGCAGUAAAUCUGUUCAAACUGAAAGAAUAAAAGUUUCACUUUAAAAAC